CGGAGUCAAUGUCUGUCUCUGUGUUGUUGUUGUGGUGAGGGAAACCGACUGCUGUUGAUGUGGACGUGGUGUUCAGUGGUGUUCAGUGGUGUUCAGGCGUGAGAAACUGCUAGUCUGCAGCAGAAAUGGUCCGGCGCUGUGUUUUUGGCUGCUCUUCUCCCCGCACGUUGUUUACUUUCCCGACUGAUCCUUGGCUGCGAAAGAGAUGGCUGGAGUUUGCUCAUCUUGAAGAGAGCGGGAUUCGUUCAAGUUCUCGGAUAUGUGACCGACACUUUUCGGAUGACUCCUUUAAUAACUUGGGGCUGUUUAACGCCGGGAUAACUAGUUACCUCAGGUUGAUUGAGAACGCAGUUCCGUCUUUGUACACGGUCGGCGCUCCUCCGUCAGUAACACCAUCAAUCAGAAGUAUCGGGUGCCAGUACGAAAAGGUGCGCGACACUGUCAACAUAAGUGUGCAAGUCAAUCCUCCGAAAAUCUACAGACGAAGUAAAGCUAUUCAGGUUUGGACAGUCAAGCAGAAUGCAGACUCUGACAUGGACUCAGAAAGCUAUGAAUGCAGUUCAGAGACAGCAAGAGAUCACGAGAGGACGUCCGUUACAGCCCAAGAACCUUCUCUUAGCGGGAGCUGCAUUUCAGACGACGACAUUCCGGCGCCGGUGGAGAUCGAGAUCGAAUUAACGAGCAGUAUGGUGGAUAAACCGCUGGCCGGUUCACAGGGACACGGAAAAGACCCGAGGCCGACCGCUUUCGACGAUGACGGAUACAGCAGCUUAUCCGAGAGCAGUUAUGCGAUCCUGAGCAAGGAGGUUUUGGUGCUCCUGAUGUUCCGCUGUUUGGAGUGCUCCAGCGAGUGCCGUAUUCGAGGAAUAGGCAAAGGAGGGAGUCUGUCACUUGGACAAGAGUGUCUGUCCUGCUCAAACUACAGACUGUGGACCUCUAGACAAGCUGAGAAGCCAAAAGAGAAGGUAGCUGAUACACCUUUAAUAUCGUCGUAUGAAGACAAACCCACUCAGGUGGCUGAUGACUCUUCGGUAUCUGCGACUCCGCACAAAGGACGCAGUAGAGUCGAGCUUAGAAACGUCGCCGCGCAAGACGAGAGAGACAGCGAGACCAUUUCAAGCGUUAUAGUGAAAGAGGAACCGGAAGACUGUGACGAGGUGACGGACGAGGAGCAGCCGAGCCUCCUCAUGGAGACACACGAGGAAUGCGCUUCCACAGAUACGAGUGAGGCUGUAAUCGUGAAUCGCGAUGACGUCGUGACCGUUAAAGACGAGACAGAAGAUCUGACUCGCCUCAAAGCUUUCGGGUUACAGAACGAAAAGGAAGCGCUGCUGAUCGACGAGACCGGCCGAGCGAGGAGCUCCGAGCUACCGAGAGAAGACGACGAUGACGAAGACGAAUCAGAAGAGAAUUCGGAAGACGACGAGGAUACGAUUUCCGCCGAUCCUUCGGACGACUUGGGCGAGGAAUCCACUGACACGGAUUACGGCAGAAGGAUCGUGGUGCUGAGACCAUUUCAGAACACCAUCAAACCGAUUAUUUGGUGUAUAGAUUGUACAUGCGUAGCCAAGGUGAUCUGUUCGGUUCGGAGACACAAAAGGAUCUUCGGUUGCGUAGGGUGCGGCGUCGGGGACACAGCGGCCGAAAACAGCACAUUUAAAGACUUCUCUGUUCAUUUCAGCGACAUAACAAGUUUUCAUAAGCACGCCAUGAAGGAGCACGGUGCAAAAGAAAUCCCAUCCGAAAACAGAGUGUGUGAAGAUUGCCACAAAACCAUCAGGAUGCCAACAAACCCUAACAAAGAGCCACGAGAGCACGUGUGCGAGUACAAGAUCAAGCCGUUUGCGUGUCACUUGUGUCGCAAGCGCUUUUUUACAGAAACCGGACAAAAAGUGCACUACAGGCGACUUCACGGAGACUACACACAUUUUUGUAAAUACUGCAUGACUCCAUUCCAAACGAAAGAGUCCAAGCUGAAGCACGAGACGACUCACAGCGAAGAGUCGCUGCCUUACAUCUGCCCGGACUGUCCGGAGAAGUUCCAGGACUUUGUCGCUCGCAAUCAACACCUACGAAGCCACCGAGGCGAAAAGAAACACGUCUGCGACAAGUGCAAACGAAGAUUUGGCGAUCUUGCCAGCUAUGAGAGACACAUGCGAGUACACUCCGGAGAAAAACCGUACACGUGCGACAUCUGCAAGCGUUCCUUUACGCAGGACGGACACCUCAAAUCACACAUGCGUCUGCACACCGGCGAGAGGCCGUUCAUGUGCGAACAGUGCGGGAAGUGUUUCAAUCACAACGUCAGCCUCAAGAACCACCUGCUGAAGCACCACUGUGGUGACGGCACUCCAGCGGAAGGCGACCAGAACGCGGCUAAACCCUCCGUUACAGCAAGGCGAGCGAGAAAACGAGUGAGGAAAAGCUCCGCUUCGCACGCCGGGGACACGAAGGAGGACCGAGAGUCGGAAUCUCCGUCCGACAGCGAAACGUCCGAUUCCGAAGAAGAGUGGACGAAAAGAGGAAGGAAGAAGACUGCUAGGAGGUAGAAGCAGAUGAAGACGAUCGUGGUGAACGAGCAUCACAGACUACAGUAUUUAUAAAUUUCACAACAAUUCCUAAAUUCACCCUUUCCACAAUAAAGCUGCUGCUAUUCAUGAGGUUGAAAGCUAAAUGUGGUCUCAAUAAGAUGCUUUUUUUUGGGGGGCGGGAUACAAGGAAAGUGUUUGCACGUGGUAAUGGAUAAUGUUCAUAUCCAUGUCCUUAAAUUUGUUUUGCACCAAAUUUAUGUACAAUAUGCAAGGGGCAAAGUCUCAACAUGUUAUCAACACUUAUUGUAGCGUAAUAGCAUAAUACACCUGAACUUUUUUUUUGGUUUCUCAAUCAAACUCCUGCUUAAGGAUGUCUGUUGACUGGAACACUACUUUUUCCUCUAGAAAUACACCACAACAAAACCCACACCAUUUUCUCUCCUCCAUGAUGAUGAACGACGUGACUGCUGCUUAACACACGCUUCCUUAUACACGUUAUUCUAUAAUAAAAAAAAAAAGACUACAGAAGGCGACGCUUCUCUGCAACGAAGACCCGGAUGAGCCGCCGUAUUACACAGUAGCACAAUAAAACCCUUGUAUAUAAUAAUCAGUUUGUUUUUUGAGUUUUAAGUGUCCUUAAAGCUUCUUUAUUUAUAAACUCAGAACACAUUGGGCUGCUGUUUGUAUAUUUAUUAAUAUCGCAAAAUAACCGGGAUUUGGUUAAGAUCUGAUUUAGUUGCAGUCUGGACCGGUGUGGGGAUAAUCGGACUCAAUCUGGCAACCCUUGCUGUAUGUGCUGUUGAUAAAGCAGUAGUAAUGCA